AUGUUCCCAUCAGCAUUACCGUUCACCGGGCUGGAGGAGUUGCUCAUCGCCAAGUGCAGCGAGCUCGGGACCCUUCCUGACCGCAUAGGACACCUGCUGCCAUGCCUUCGCAAGCUGGCCAUUCGCGAGUGCUUCUAUUUCGCUCACCUGCCUGAAAGCUUCACCUCUCUGAACCUUUUGGAAGAGCUCAUUGUCUCCACGUGUGAUGACUUCACAUUACCCUCCAACUUUGGCCACCUGCCUGCGCUCAAAUCACUGGUGCUGAAAAGCUUGUCAUUCACCGAAUUCCCUCCUUCCUUCUGCCAUCUCACGUCUCUCGAGGCACUCAUUUUAGCUGAUUGUCACCCGCUUUUGCAUCUGCCCGCACGGCUCUGCCACUUGACUGCUCUCAAGACCCUCUGCUUCUCAAGAUCAGUGGGCCUUGCGUUGCCGGAGGGCGUUGGGGCCCUUGCAAGGCUGGAGGCCCUCAGGCUGCACAACUGCCAGCACCAGACCCUUUCACGCUCCUUCACCGACCUCUCCUCCCUCACGAGCCUUGACCUGAACGCAUGCUUUGGAGGCGACCUGCCAGCCCUGGGAGAGCUGAGCAAUCUGCGGGAGCUGAAGAUCGUUGAUCUCCCCAUCAGCACGCUCCCUACCUCACUCACACGGCUCACGGGCCUGCGUACCUUGGAGGUGAGGGGCUGCCAGGCGCUCCUCCAAGUGCCCCCUCGGCUGGAUAUGCUCGUGGGGCUGAAGAGGCUGGUGCUGACGGAGUGUGAGGAGCUGAGUAGGCCCCCUGCUGGUCUGCCGCCCUCUCUUGAGACCCUCUGCUUGGGGCCAUUCGUGGAUGGUUCUUCCCAUGUGCUGGAUAUCUCUGGGUUGUGGCAGCUGAGGGUGCUGAAGCUGAACCGCGUUGGGGUGCACUGUGGGGCUGCUGGUGAGCAGGGGGGGCAGGGGGAGCAGGGGGGGCAGGGGGUGCGCUGGGUGCAGGGGGGGCAGGGGGAGCAGGAGUUGCAGGAGGAGCAGGGAGAGCAGGGGGUGCAGGGAGGGCAGGGGGGCCAGCUAGAGAAACUGGAAGAGCUGGAGAUGCGAUUGGAACGCGGAAAUCAAAAGCUUCCAAUCCCGUUGACUUUUCUCCCUCGCCUGCGCAGCUUGCUGAUAGACGCGCCUGGACUUUGCAGCCUCCCAGAAAACAUGGGGGCAGCGCUGCCGCAGCUACGGCAGCUAGAGCUCCUUUCUUGGUCACCGGAGAAGCUUCCAUGA